AUGACGACGGAGGAUCUCUACAGGAUUUUUGGAAGAUACGAAAAAAUUGUAGAUGCGUUCAUUCCUUUCCAUCCCAGGUUGAGAAUAUCUAAGGGAUACGGAUUCAUACGAUUCAUAUAUGAAACAAACGCAAGGGCAGCACUUGACAUCUUGGACAGUAAAAGGGUGGAUGGUAGGAUUAUCACAGUCCAGAGAGCUAAAUCGCAUCACCAAUCGGUCUCAGAAUCUCACCCUAACCAGCAAAAUUGCAGACUAGCUACCACGAUCCCCAUCACCCUCAAUAACAGAGACGAUAGGAAGUAUGCGGUGGUUGUGAGAGGCACAACGCAAACUCGCUCAUUGGAUGUUCGAACCGAUGCUCCAACGAAUUCCCAGCAUAACGCGGUAAAUUCUCUUUGGUUUGCAAGAGUAACAAAUGAGAUCUCCACCCCUGCAAACCCCACCAUCCCAGCUAUUCAUCAACAGUUGGACCUCAAUAGUGGCGGACUAGGUGUUUGUAAAAUGCCACAUCCAACUAGCUUGUGA